AUGUCUCUCUCCCUCACCGCCCCCCGCAUUCUGCUCCUCCUACUCCUUCUCGCCAUCGCCCUCCCCUCUCUCGCUGCCCCCGCCGAUGAACCUCCCUCCAAGCUUCAGCCCCGAUCUCCCCAGCCUUCCCGUCGUAUGGGCGCUACCAAGCGUUCCAAGAAGGUUGAGCCCCUGAAGAAGAAGGACUACUCUUCCUUCCUCUGCCCCGGUGGCUCAGUGGCGUGCCCCAUCACCGACGAAGGACAUCAGGCCACUCCCGAAAGUGCUGCGGCGCUCGACGGAAGCUUGAACUCGCUGGCGGACUGGUUCAAGAUUGGCUUCGAGUGUGUUGAGCUCGAGACCGAGUUGAAUUCUUGCGGUGGAUGCUUGGCUCUUGGCUCUGGUCAAGAUUGCUCCCUCAUCUCCAACGCCCGUGCCACCGGCUGCGAGUCUGGCAGCUGUCAGGUAUACUCUUGCUUUGACGGCUACGUUGUCUCUCCCGACAGGAAGACCUGCGUCAAGAAGGGCACAGCUACCCCUGCCACCCCUGUGACUGCUAUCAACAUCGAAGACGAGGCCCAGCUCCCUCUGCGAAGACGGUAG